AAAAGGUGAGAGAAACAAAGAUAGAACAGAGCCUGAGGUAGAAAAGAUAGAGUAGGGAUUUUAUACGUAAAGGAUUUAUAAAAAAAUAAUUAAACUGAAAAAAAAAACAAAAAUUAAACCCUCUCAGUUCACACCUCGAACAUCAGGAAGAAGAGAUAAGGCAGAGAUUUACUCUUUUUUCCUUUUCUGUCUUAAUUUCUAUCUGUUUCUCUCUCUAUUUCUGUUUCAGUGAGCACGGAUGGAUCCAUUUGAUGUGCUGUCAAAGCUUCGUGAAGGCUUUGGCUGAUAAUGUUCUUCUGAGAUUGUGCCUUUUUAAGUUCUAUGCAUGUAAAGACCCUUUAUUCUUGAAUAAAGAUUUUUUAGAAAAGCCAAAAAGAGGAAAAAUAAUGAACAUUUCAGGAAAAGGGGUUUCAAUCAGUGACAAAAAGCUAAUUUCAGCCAAGGCGACAACAUUGAAUCCUAAUGCUGCAGAAUUCGUUCCUCUUGCACUCAAAUCACCCUCUGGUAGUACUAGCACUGCAGGUGCAUCAAAGUUUGCAAACACGAAUACAAGUACACUAGGAAAAGCUGUGUUAGAUAGAUCAGAAUCAUCUGCUUCAAAUAACUCAGAUGAUGAAGCACACCAGUACUGGCGGCGUCAACUCCCUGACGACAUUACACCUGAUUUCAAGGUCAUGGGAGAAGAUGAUUCUCAUGGGCUCAAUAAUCUUCCCUUUUCCAGUUUGUCGUUGACUGAUAUCACUGAAGCUUCAAGAUUCUCCGGCUCAACAGGCAGUGGGUUUAUGCUGAAAGAGCAGCAGGAAUUAUCACCACAUCAAAUCAGCGGUACUAGCUUUAGUGAAGCAACAAGCUAUUCCAUUUCACCCUUUGCUGAGGCUGCAUCAUCAACAGCAUUUCAUCUCUUGCCUGGUAAACCUUGGGAUAAACAGCUUAUGAACAAUGGACAGUUUCUAACUAGUCCUAGAGAUGGGCCUCUUUAUAAUGGGAACUCUAGACAUGGGUACCUAACUGAUGGGAUCAACAAGCAGCCAUUUGUAGAAAAUACCGACGCCUCUUUUGAAUUCCUGUCUUCGAAAUUCCCUGGUUUUGCAGCUGAAAGUCUUGCUGAGGUGUACUAUGCCAGUGGAGGUGACUUGGCCCUGACAAUGGAUAUGCUUACUCAACUAGAGCUUCAAGGUGAUGGUGGGUUGAGUCAGAAUCUGAAUUCUAAGCCCUUGUCUACUUCAUAUCUGAGUGCAUUGGAUUUCCCUGCUCCUUAUGUGACAGAUAAUCAAAACAACUUUUUGAAGUACACUGGAGAUGAUACUCAACAGAACUUGAGUCUCUAUAGGCCAUCUGAUAAGGAUAACACUCUAAUGUUCAGAUCUGGCUCUUCUGUCCCUUCUAGAGGUGCUGUUGAUUUUGCAUCUGCUGUCAAGAAGAUGGCACAUCAAGAUUCUAGCAUCUGGAAGUAUGACAGAAAUGGAUUAGCUGAUGCAAGUGUUGGAUCAAGUAGAAAUUCUAAUGCCAUGUUUAGUUCUUACAAUGGUAGCCAAAGUAGAGGGUUCUAUGGCGACAGGUUGCAAAGUCGAGGGUCAACUCAUGCAGGUCCUGUUUGGCUUGAAACUGGAGAUGCAGUUGCAAACAUGUAUUCCGAAAUUCGGGAAGAAGCUCGUGACCAUGCACAUUUACGCAAUGCAUACUUGGAACAGGCUCGGCAGGCAAAUCUUAUUGGCAACAAGGCUUUAGCUAAGGAAUGGAACACUAAUGGGCAGCUACAUAAUAUGCAGAUAAAUGCUGCUCAUGGGAAGUCACAAGAAUCUCUAUUUCGCCUAAGGAAUCAAGAGAUUCAAGGCAAUGGCAGAGGACAAGAUAGACUCAUAGAUCUGCAUGGAUAUAAUGUUAAUGAUGCUCUUCUUGUCCUGAAGCGUGAGCUGGCUGGAUUGAGAAAUGCAGCGAGAUCAACAGAUCAGCAAUUGCAGGUCUUCAUUUCUGUAGGAAUAGGGCAGCCUACCAAGGGUUCAAGGACUCCCGGUAAACUUCCAAUUGCCGUACAAUACUACCUGCUAGAGGAGGGCCUUGACUACUCUGAACCCCAACCAGGGCUGCUCCGAGUUGUGAUGUACUGAGUCAAGGUAUAGGAGUUUUUUGAUGACACACAGCAUAACCCAUGGAAUCAUCAAGAAAAAAGAAAAAAGAAAAAAGAAAAAAAAAAGAAGAAUAUUGUUGUACCUGUAAAUUGGAGGGAUCAGAGAUUAGGGCAACUCAGAAAGCAGUAGGGAACAAAGAAAAAAAAUGGAAAUGGAGAUGUGUUCUGAAAUUUGUACCGGUAAGGUAUACUUGGUCCUAUAGGUGGAUACCUUUUUGUAGCAGUUUGGGACUUGCAUGAGCCAGCCCCAAGUAUUUUUGUACCUUUACCUUUUUGUCUAUAUUUGCUGAUGUAUUUUGAUAGAAUUCUUUUUACAUAAUAGUUGAAUUCACCAAAAUAUUCAUCUUUGGUAUAUAUCUCUCACAAA